AGACACCUUCAUCGUCACUCUGGGCAAUGCCAUCACCAGCAUCCUGGCUGGCUUUGCCAUCUUCUCUGUGCUGGGCUAUAUGUCUCAGGAGCUGGGUGUACCUGUGGACCAAGUAGCCAAAGCAGGCCCCGGCCUGGCCUUUGUUGUCUACCCGCAGGCCAUGACCAUGCUGCCUCUGUCGCCCUUCUGGUCCUUCCUGUUUUUCUUCAUGCUUCUGACUCUCGGCUUGGACAGCCAGAUCUUCUACUCUCUGGGUGUGGGCUUUGGGGGACUACUCACCUUUGCUUCAUACAACACGUUUCACCAGAACAUCUAUAGAGACACCUUCAUCGUCACUCUGGGCAAUGCCAUCACCAGCAUCCUGGCUGGCUUUGCCAUCUUCUCCGUGCUGGGCUAUAUGUCUCAGGAGCUGGGUGUACCUGUGGACCAAGUAGCCAAAGCAGGCCCCGGCCUGGCCUUUGUUGUCUACCCGCAGGCCAUGACCAUGCUGCCUCUGUCGCCCUUCUGGUCCUUCCUGUUUUUCUUCAUGCUUCUGACUCUCGGCUUGGACAGCCAGUUUGCUUUUCUGGAGACCAUUGUGACAGCUGUGACAGAUGAGUUCCCAUACUACCUGAGGCCCAAGAAGGUGGUGUUCUCGGGGCUCAUCUGCGUGGCCAUGUACCUGAUGGGGCUGAUCCUCACCACCGAGGGGGGCAUGUACUGGCUGGUCCUUCUGGAUGACUACAGCGCUAGCUUCGGGCUAAUGGUGGUGGUGAUCACCACGUGCCUCGCCGUUACCCGGGUGUAUGGUAUCCGGAGGUUCUGCCGAGACAUCCACAUGAUGCUGGGUUUCAAGCCGGGCCUCUACUUCAGGGCCUGCUGGCUGUUCCUGUCCCCGGCCACGCUCCUGGCUCUGCUGGUGUACAGCAUCGUCAAGUACCAGCCCUCAGAGUAUGGCAGCUACCGCUUCCCUGCCUGGGCCGAGCUGCUGGGUAUCCUCAUGGGCCUGCUGUCCUGCCUCAUGAUCCCAGCUGGCAUGCUGGUGGCUGUGCUUCAAGAGGAAGGCUCGCUCUGGGAG